AAAAGAAAAAAAGAAAAAAACCAAACAAACGUGUAAGCUCACCCAGAUGACAAACUUAAUGGGAGAGAGACUCUCUCCAAUUUAACAUAACAACAAACCCUUUCAAUUUUCAUGAAGAUUCACUCUCUCUCUCUUUAACAAACAAAAAAAUAAAAAAACAAGAGAGAGAGAGAGAGAGAAAGAAGAAGAAGAUGGAAGGUGAAAGUGGAAAAGGAGAGAGAAAGAGAAGUGUCGUUGAAGGAGAGAGAAGAUACAAAGGAAUAAGGAUGAGAAAGUGGGGAAAAUGGGUUGCGGAAAUUAGAGAACCGAAUAAACGUUCAAGAAUUUGGCUUGGUUCCUAUUCUACCCCUAUAGCCGCCGCUAGAGCUUAUGACACCGCCGUUUUCUAUCUCCGGGGACCAUCUGCUCGUCUUAACUUCCCGGAGCUACUCGCCGGAGAAAACAACAACGUUCUUGCUGCUUCUGAUAUGUCGGCUGCUUCAAUUAGAAAGAAAGCUACUGAAGUUGGUGCUAGGGUUGAUGCUCUUCAAGCUACUCAUCAUCAUCAUAAUCAUAACCAUAACCAUAACCACCGUGUUAUGCCGGCGCCGGAGUUACUUGCCGGUGGUGGUGGCUCUGGUGAUUUUGUGGAGAGGGUUGACUUGAACAAGAUUCCUGAACCGGAAAAUUCGGAUUGUGAGUGGGAUGUUAAUUGAAUAACAAAAAGUGAUUCUUUUUUUUUUCUUUCUCUGUUGGGGUGGUUGCUAACAUGCGCCGUGGUGCUUGUGCGACGGCUGAAGCAAAAAGUGAUGUUGUUGAUGAAGCCUUUUGGUUCCUGGUGACUGUGGAUUACUAGAGUACUGUUUCUCUUUUCAUUUUCUUUUCUAUCUUUUUUAUUUUGGCUUUUUUUUAUUUAUUUAUUUUUAGAUUUUACAGAAGAAAUUUUGGCAUUGUAAAGAUGUUAAAUGUAAAUUAAUUACUAGUUAGUAGUGACGAGAAACUUUAUGUUUCUUUUGUUUUUUUUUUUCUUUCUAUCUCUGGAAUGUUUUUUUUUCUUUCA